AUGUUUCUUUCAAAGCGAAAAGUAUUACAAUUGCUUUUUAGCGUGCCUGAAUCUAAUAGUAUAAAUUAUGUAGUUUCCCACAUUCUUGAACAGCUUAAUCUGAAACUCAGUGACGUUGAUGCCUCAAAAAUAAAUGUGUUAAAAAAAGCAAUCGGAACUUUGAGAAGCAAAAGAAACAUAAAAUGGAAACUUGCAAAAAGAGUUAACGAUAGAUUUGAGUUACAAAAUAAAAAGUGGUUAGAUUCUGAAUUUUGUGUAGCAUAUUUGAAUUCUGACACUCAAUCUCAAACUCCUCAAAGGCAAUGUUCAGGUCGUCCGAGCAUAGAAUUCAAUCAGAAGUCCAACAGAUCUAAGAGACGCGAGGCAGCUCAGAUCAGUAAUAAAAAUCAAAAUAAUCCUAUAAGCCUUCUGAUGGCUUGUCGAUAUGCAGCAAGAUUAACCGGCGAAAAAGAUUUGUCUGCUGUUCUGAACGAACUUUGUAAAGAUUCAAAAAAAGUUGCACAUUUAAUACAAAAUGUAGGAAAUACAACUUCAAUUGUAAAAAUGACUUCAGAAGAAGCUCUGGGAUAUUUGCUGGAUCAUAAUAUGUCGAAACGUGAUUAUCAGAGUAUGAGAUUACUCGUAAAGUCCAGAAAUGCAGACAUAUUUCCAUCAUACAAUGACAUAUUAGCCGCAAAGUCAAAGUGUAGACCAAAUCCGCAGUUUGUAAAGAUCAGUGAGACUUCGGCUGAAGUUUUAUUACAGGGUUUGCUCGAUCACACGACAGAAAGAAUUUUGCAACUGCAAGACAAACCUAUACUGCAAUUUAUUGAACAGAAUAGAAAAGUCUUAAAUGCAAUUACUGGUACAAAGUCCACGCAGACUUGUUCUAUGUGCAAAGCGAAACCCACAGAAUUUAAUAAUCUCUCAAAUACAUUUAUACCUGAUCCGAAAUCAUUGCAAUAUGGCUUAAGCCCAUUACAUUCAUGGAUUCGAUUAUUUGAGUGUAGUUUGCAUUUAUCAUACAGACUUCAUAUUAAGGUUUGGCAAGUAAGAACUUCCGAGCAUAAAAUUGCACUUGCAGAACGAAAGAAGGAAAUUCAAAAUAUUCUUUGGGAAAGGCUAGGACUCAUUGUGGAUAAGCCAAAAACAGGUGGAAGCGGUAACACAAAUGAUGGAAAUACGGCUCGUCGUGCUUUCGCGAAGCCGGAUGAAUUGGCCGAAUAUCUUGGCCUCGAUAAACAAUUGAUGAGGAAUUUUAAAACAAUACUAAUUGCUCUCUCUUGUCAUCUUCCUAUUGAUCCAUCACGUUUUGAUGCACUAUGCAAAUCCACGGCAAGCAUUUUUAUUAAUGCUUAUCCGUGGUUCAAUAUGCCUGCUUCGGUGCAUAAAAUUUUAAUGCAUGGUGCAGAUGUAAUUAGAAAUACCGUUCUGCCGAUUGGAAUGAUGGGAGAAGAAGCUUCGGAGGCUCGAAAUAAAGAUUACCGAAAGUUUAGAGCCGAUCGCUCCAGAAAACACAAUCGGAUUGUCAAUAUGGAGGAUGUUUUUUAUAGAUUAAUGGAUACAUCGGACCCGUUAAUAUCCAAUAUCAAUUUAGACACUAGGAUUCAUAAUGUAGCAAAAACACUGCUUCCUCAAGAAGUUCGAAAUUUACUUAUGAUUCCUGAAGAGGUCAAAUCGGAUAUUGACUCAGAUCCAGACUCUUCAGACGAUGUCGAUGCCACUGAACUUGCAGAAUUUGAAAACCUCUUAAAUGAGGUUGAACUGUCUGAUGAAGAGGAAUAA